AUGCAGAAUGCAUUGUUGAAGCUAUGGGCAAUGGUUGAAGAUGCCAAAACUGCUAGGGUGAAUGACAAUCUUGAAAGUUCUUUCACUAUCCACCAUCUGACAGAAGAGAAGAACAAGCUGGAUGCCAACUAUGACAAGCUAGUCCAAGAUGUGCAUGAGCUGAUGAACUUCCAGGAAGAUAAGGUGGUGGAUUUCAGACAUCUGCAGUCUGCCAUUACAUAUCAGCAGGAGGUAAGAAAAGAACUGAUUGAUGAUAUGAAGGCACAGAUGGCAAGUGAGAUGGCAAAGAAAGAUGAAGAGACCCAGAAACUUACUCUCAAGUAUGAGCUGCUGCUCAACCUGACAAGAGCUCAAGCAACAGUCAUUCAGAACUUGAAGCUGAACAAAAUGAAAGAGAAGCAAGUGCUUACUGAAGCUAGUAUGAAUUUGGAGCUGAAGAAUGCAGAGCUAACAAAGUGUCAGGAGAAGCUCACCCAAGAGAAGCUAGAGUUGAAGCUUGAGGUUGCUGAUCUGCUUAAGGGAAAUGAAAAGCAUAUUGAAGAGAAGUGGCAGUUAGAGUUUCAGAAUGAAAAGUUGAAGGAGAAGUUCAGGGGGAUUCAGGCCAUCUUGGAGAAGUGA